AUGGUGGUGGUCACGAGGGCGAAGAGGAGGAUUCUGGAUGACGAGUCCCGCCGCCUCCAGGAGAUGCCGCCCGGUGGAAGCGAAGGCAGCGGCCCCGAUCUGGUUAGCGGCCUGCCGGACGCCCUACUCGGCGAAAUCAUCACGCGCCUCCCCACCGCGUUCGCCGUCCACACCCUGAUCCUCUCUAGCCGCUCCCUCUGGCGCACCGCUCCUCUGAACCUUGAGGCCAAGCUGGAUGCCGAGGAGGAGGCCGGUAAGGACCUGGUCCCCGUGCUUGACGCGCUGCUCCGUGACCAUCAGGGCCCUCUCCGGCGCUUCUCUCUCCGAUGGCUCCGGCCGUUCGAUCGCUUUCGCAUCGUCGACUCCAUGCUUCAAUCCCAUCAGCUCGGAGAACUCCAGGAGUUCGAGAUGUUCGCUUCCCAUUACGACAAUUCGGAUAGAUGGUCUCUUAUUCCCAACUCUGUUCCCCAUUUCUCGCCUACGCUCCGCGUCCUCAACAUCUCCUGCAACACUGGAAUGCUUGAAUUUCCCAAGUAG